CUUACCUCUGAGGAGACUCUACGCCUUAGCGCCUCGGGUUCUUAGGUUCUGUCAGGCGUCUUCGGUACAUGGUGUUACCGAUCUCUAAAUAAGGUCGUUUCGUCUCGCUUCCAGGCCUGUGUAUCUCUUAGUCUAAGAACCUAAGGUCUAAAUAUGGCGUACGAUCGCUACACUCGCGGAACCCCCACUUUCGAUGACCUAGACGAUCGCGACGCGCCUUACGGCGAUCCGACCGCCUCGUCCGACAACGACGGAGUUCCCGACGUCGUUAAGACGUUCGUCGCGUUCCUCUACCGUCACAUUCGCGAAAACAAUGUGUACGAGAUCCACCAGAUGUACGAGAGCAGCUUCCACAAGUUAUCGCAGCGACUCUUUAGCGAGUCGCCGUGGCCCACGGCGGAGGCGAUCGCGCCGGUGGUGGAUCACGACCACGUGUUCUGCCUGCUGUAUCGCGAGCUGUACUUCCGCCACGUGUUCGCGCGGCUCCAGCCGACGCUGGAGCAGCGGUGCGAGUCGUGGGAGAACUACUGCAGCCUGUUUCAGGUGGUGCUGCUCGGCAAUCUCAAUGUGCAGCUGCCCAACGCGUGGCUGUGGGACAUGGUCGACGAGUUCAUCUACCAGUUCCAAUCCUUCUGCCAGUUCCGCGCGCGAGUCAAGAGCCGCACGGAGGAGGAAACCGCUGCUCUUAAGCAGUGCGGCAAUGUGUGGAACGUGUACGGGGUGCUGAACUAUCUCCACGCGCUGGUCGCCAAGUCCAACAUCCUCGCUAUUCUGGACGACGACUCCGACGGCGGGGCAGCGGCGGUGUUCCUCGCCACCGAGGGCUACGACAUGAGCGGCAACGGCAGCAACGUGGAGCGCGUGCUGGGGUACCUGUCGCUCGUGGGGCUGCUGCGCAUGCACUGCCUGCUGGGGGACUACCACACGGGCCUCGUGAAGCUCUCUCCCAUUGAUAUUGGCCGCCCGGGCGUGUUCCAGCGAAUCACGGGGUGCCACAUCACCGUUAUGUACUACUAUGGCUUCGCCAGCCUCAUGCUCCGAAGGUACGUGGACGCCAUAAGGGCGUUCAACCAGGUGCUCCUAACGCUCUCCAAGGCCAAGCAGUACCACGAGACGCUGCCCCAAUACGACCAGAUCCUAAAAAAAACCGAGCAGAUGUAUGCUCUCCUCGCCAUCUGCCUCGCUCUCUGCCCGAACGGGAAAUUACUGGAGGAGAGCGUCAACGGGCAGCUGCGCGAAAAGUUUUCGGACAAGAUCCAGCGGAUGCAGCGCGGCGACGAAUCGGUGUUUGACGAGCUGUUUUCGUUCGCUUGCCCGAAGUUUGUCACGCCUGCCCCUCCGGUCGAGGAUGGGGGCGAGUUGGUUAACUACAACCAGGACGCCUACCGCCUGCAGCUGAAGCUCUUCCUUGCGGACGUGCGCUCCCAGCUCGCAUUGCCAGGGCUGCGGUCGGCACUGUCACUCUACUCCGCCAUCUCCCUCCCCCGCCUCUCCACCUUCCUGGAUGUUUCCGAGUCCACGCUCAGGACCGCUCUUAUCACCCUUCGCCAUAAGAACACGGUCGUUGAGGCGGAUGGCUCUGUGCUGCCCAACGCUGAGCUGGACUUCUACAUCGAUGAUGACCUUGUGCAAGUGGUCGACAGCAAGACCACUCGGCGGUUUGGAGACUAUUUCAUAAAGCACAUCCUCAAGUUUGACGAGCUUGCAGGGCAGCUGGAGAACGUUCAGCUAGUGGUCUAAAACGGGUUACCAGCAUGUUACCCUCUGGUGUAAUUUUGCAGGUCUUUAACAUGUACCUCCGGAUAAGCUAGGAAAUAGAACAAAUAAUGCCAGAAACAAAAGAAAAUACCAAAUCUGGUUUUCUUGAGACACCUUACACGGAGAGAUCUCUAACAUGUCCUGUAACAUGCUCUAUUGGCAACCAGUCGCCUGAGCAUUCUCCUGCCUGGCAUCACCCCAAAUGAGAC